AUGACAUUUCAACACGGCCAUAUAUAAGACUUGAGAUGGGAUGCCCGGUUUUAUUCAGCACUACACAAUCAUUAACUUAGGCAACUUGCGGGGAGUUCAGAUCAGUCUUGAAGCUCAAAUGAGAUUUCUUGUGUCUUCCACUGUAUUCUGGUCACUUCUAGCAUUAUUGUUGAUGCUUGGUUUGUGUGUGUGCAUGGAUUCACUGAAUCAAUCCCAAUCCAUGAGUGAGGGCGAGACGUUAAUCUCCGCCAGAGGAAAGUUCCAGCUGGGGUUCUUUAGUACAGACAACUCGAGCAACCGUUAUCUUGGGAUUUGGUUUUAUAACAUCCCAAGUAAAACGAUUGUUUGGGUUGCAAAUAGAAAUAAACCCAUCAAUGGCUCCCUGGGUCUUUUGAAGAUCGAGCAUGGGACUCUUGUUAUCCAAGACAACUCUGGACGAGCAUAUUGGUCAUCGAAUCCACGGAGUCUAUCUUCGAGGAGCACAACCACAAAGCUCCUUGAUUCAGGAAACUUGGUUUUGAAAUACGAUAACUCGGAAAGUUAUCUCUGGCAGAGUUUCGACGAUCCUACCGAUACAAUGUUGGCUGGAAUGAAACUUGGCUGGGACUUUAAGGAUGGAAUGGAGUGGCAACUUACGUCAUGGAAGAGUGCAGAGGAUCCUUUUCCGGGGCACUUCUCUUACAGAAUGGAUCCCCGUGGAUUUCCGCAACUGAAGCUUCUUGAGGACAAAAUCACAAGGUUUAGGUCCCAUCCUCGUUUCGGCAGCACCCACACAUCUUUUGAUUCAGUAAUCACCUCGAUAUUCGUAUAUGGUUCUCAGCAAGCAUACUUCUCAUAUGAUCUCCAUGACCAAAACAGUUUGCUAAGGUUUCUCAUAAAUUGCACGGGCAAGCUCCAACAUUACAAAUGGAAUACCCAAACGCUUGAUUGGACGCUCUUAAUUGAGUCACCAAGUGAUUCAUGUGAUGAGUAUGCGAAAUGCGGUCCUAACGCAGUGUGUGUCAUUGUGAAUGCUGUCCGGAUAUGCGAAUGCCUUCCGGGCUAUGUGUCCAAGUCAGCUGAAGGCCCAGACAAGCUUGACCCAUGGUACUCGGGUGGGUGCACAACAAAAAGCCCAUUUAAUUGUUCGGGUCCUGAAGGUUUUAAACGGGUGAAGCGGGUGAAGUUGCCUGAUUUGGUGUUGUUUGAGAUGAAUACUAGCAUGACCCUGAAGGAAUGUGAGAACAUGUGCCUGAGAAAUUGCACCUGCACUGCCUAUGCACAUAUAUUUGAAAGCAGAGACAAAAAAGGCUGCGGGUUUUGGUUCGGAGAUCUUCUUGACAUAAGGAUAAGUUAUAGUGAAUACGAGGCUAGAGAACUUUUCGUCCGCGUUGUGGCAUCAGAGCUAGAAGGAAAUUCCAAAAGGUGGAAGGGGGUCGUUGUUGCUGCGGCUGUGAUUCUAUCAAUCUCUUCUACAAUAUUCUGUUUAUGGGCUUCUUGGAGAAGAAGAAGAGGCCAAGGGGUAAGGCUUGAUGAUCAUGCUGGGGAAGAGGAGAAAUUUGAAUUACCCAUGUUUGGUGUGGCCAUGAUUUCACGAGCAACUAACAAUUUUUCCCAUUUCAACAAGAUAGGGCAGGGAGGCUUCGGUCCUGUUUACAAGGGUCAGCUCCAAAAUGGGCAAGAAAUUGCCGUCAAGAGACUGUCGGAGACUUCUAGGCAAGGCCUCAAUGAGUUCAAGAAUGAGGUAGUGCUGAUUGCAAAACUUCAGCACCGAAACCUCGUAAAACUUUUGGGAUGUUGCAUAGAAGGACAAGAGAGGAUGUUAGUGUACGAGUACAUGCCCAACGGAAGCCUGGAUUCGUUUGUAUUCACAGGCACAACUGGAGGAAGUUAUCUAUUGUGGAGGACGAAAUUUAACAUCAUUAUUGGAGUGGCUAAAGGACUUCUUUAUCUUCAUCAAGAUUCAAGGUUGACGAUUAUCCAUAGGGACCUUAAAGCUAGCAACGUGUUGUUGGAUAGCAAGAUGAACCCAAAAAUAUCGGAUUUUGGCAUGGCCAGGACAUUUGGGGAGGAUCAGUUCUUAGAGAAAACCAAAAGAAUAGUUGGCACAUACGGCUACAUGUCACCGGAGUAUGUUGUUGAUGGGAUAUUCUCAAUAAAGUCAGAUGUCUUCAGCUUCGGAGUGCUUGUACUCGAAAUAGUUUGUGGCAAAAGGAACAGAGAGUUUCAUCAUCCUGACCACAAUUUCAACCUUCUCGGGCAUACGUGGAAUCUAUGGGUUGAAGGGAAUGCACAUGAGCUGAUACAUGAAUGGAUGGAGGAUUCUUUCCCGCUUUCGGAAGUUAUGAGAUGCAUACAAGUUGGGCUCUUAUGCGUACAAAGAUGUCCCGAAGAUAGACCGACCAUGUCUUCUGUGCUCCUGAUGCUUGACAGUGAGAGUAUGAGACUUCCUCAGCCCAAGGAACCAGGGUUUUAUCUAGAAAGGAUCCCUAAUGGAAAAGACUUCAUAAUGGAUGGAAGUGAGAAAACUGCCAAGGAGAUUACUGUAACUCUAUUGGAAGGUCGGUAGAGUUGGGAACAAUCUUUUGAGUUUUCCUAUGUUCAGGGGAAAGAUGUACCUUGUUGAAUCGAUUUUGAGUAUUAAGAGAGUCAUAAAUUUAGUGGCUAUAACCAACAAGUCCUUCGCAGCCAAAUUAAUUCUUUUAGGGAAAAAGAUAUUUUUGAUUCUAUAAGUUUGGUAUUAAGUUAA